CGACAUCAAUAACCAAUAGAAUGUGCUACUGCUAGUAUAGCUGUAGAGGAUAGUGUGCAGAGAGCCAAGUUGGAUGGAAUGCUCUCCAUCUCCUGCCUAGCAGCUGGCUAUAGUUCUUCUCAUUGUUUCUUUUCAAUGUUUAUAUUUAAUGACAAGCUGAUGUGACAUCUACAAUAAAGCACUGCAUUUCAUGAUGAUUCAUAACCUGUUUACAAGAUAACACCAAACCGGAGUUGGACAUAGCGAAGUGGGAAGGCAUCAAUAUGUCCCUGAGUGACAACAUGACAUAUACACUACCCACUUGGACUAAUGAGACAACAGUUCUCAGCCAAAAACAACAACUUGAGCAGAUCAAAGCGUACCAAAUCUCAAUUUCCAUCCUCAUCUAUGUUCUACCAGUGAUAAUUAUCAUGGGAACAAUAGGAAACAUUCUCAGUUUCAUCAUCUGGAUGAAACGUAAAUUACGAAGAACAUCGACUUUUUUUUACCUUGCCAUGCUGGCAAUCUCAGACACUGUAUUCCUCCUCAUAAGUGGUCUCAAGACAUGGAUUCGUAUGUGGUCUUACAUAGAACUCUUACAUGUUUCUGUCUUUAGCUGUAAAGUAAUAAUAUUUAUUAUAAACUCUUCCUUACAUAUAUCUGCCUGGCUGAUUGUAGCAGUGACCACAGAAAGAUUCCUGGCGGUUUGGUUUCCUUUGCGCGCGAAUGGUAUGUGCAGUUUCCGUCGAGUCAAAAUUGUUACUGCUACAAUUGUCACAGUAUUUCUAUUGCUCAACUCACAUUUCUUUUGGACAGCAGAACUAGUAAGUACUGACAACCCUGAGAGCCCUGACAAACUAGAAUGCACAAGUAAAAUGAUCAAAAUUUGUGUAUAUUUCCCAUGGUUCAACAUGGUCCUCUUCUCUGUGAUUCCCUCUGUUCUACUUCUUAUAUUGAACCUGCUCAUCAUAUUCUGCUUACUGAAACAUCGUGAAACAUUGAAAAGUGCCAUGACAAAGGACGACCAACACAUGCGGAGCAUACACCGCCGACUUGCAGUCAUUCUUUUAACUAUUUCCUUUGUAUGGAUUUUCACAACAGUUCCUAACACUCUCACUUCCAUCACUAAAAAAUCUAGGAAGGACUUAGAAAGCCUGGCUGAGGCCAUACUGUUACGAGUACUCAGUUACAUUCUUCUUUACAUCAACCAUGCUAUCAACUUCUUUCUCUACUGUUUAACUGGCAGACUUUUUCGUAUAGAAUUAAAAAAGUUAUUCUGCUGCAAAUCCCAAAAGAAGCACCGUCAGAUAAUUGUUUUCAAGGCCAGCAACAAUGACAGUGCACAUCCACUCAUGGAACAACACAAAAUACAAAUAGUUUAUAAACGCAGCCAGUAAAUCAACAACUUGACUUUAGAAUGCAAACACAAAAGCGAUGACCACCCCACCCCUAAAAUUAUGACUGAUAUUUUACAAACGUUUCAGAGUAAGAAUUAUAGAAUCAUACAGAAUUAUGUAGAGUAGGAAUUAUAUAGCGUGGAUACAUUUCUAAACAAUCUUUGUCAAUAAUUCAAGAGUAAUAUAAAACAAGACAAUUCUUUUUAAACAACGUUAUUCACAAGUUAAUGGAACACAUGAUUAUUUCAUUGAAUUAAUUUUAAAAUGAAAUCAACUGAGAAAGAUUUAUUUUAUAUCCUAAAACAUUAUCAACAGACAAAUUAGUCCACUAUCAAGAGACAAAGAUUUAUAAAAAAUAAUAAUAUAAUUUUGAAUAUCAUGCAGAGAAUGUCAUUAAGUAGUCAGUCUACACUGUUACAAUUUUUUGCUGUAUUUUUCAAUGGAAUUGGUUCUCUUUAUAAUCAUUCACUUCAUAAGAAGCAAUUAAUAGAUGGCUGCUAUGAUAAAAAUUUCUAGUGAAAUAUGCCACUGUUUCCAUAAUUUGAAAUGGUGAAAAAUGAGCUUGGCGUGAAGUGGAGGUUAAAAAUUAAUGAUCCUAACGAAAAAUAAUAUUUAAUUUUUACAAUUAAAAAAACUGCUUUUGUAUCCUCUUUAAAAAAAAAAAAAAAAACUGAGCGGAAGCUGAAAAUAACACCGUUUAUGAUUUAAUUAAACUAUAAUAAAUAGAUAAAUAUGGAGAUAAAAUAAUAAAGAUAUUCAUUUUUACAUGCCGUUUUUAGGAUAAUUAAUGUAUCAUCUAGAAAAAGAGCAACUUCAUACUUCCUCAAAUUAAAAAGAGAAUUAGAAAGUUAAUUUUUUUUUUUUGGUAAUUAAUCAUGAGUAGAAACAAUAAAUAUCAAUGAAAUAUAUAUAAACAUAAUCCUUUUGAAACCAACCUGCCUGAAUCUGUUUCUACAAUACAAACUUCCUGUUUUAAAGUGAUCUAAAGUAAAACCUACCAUCAAAAUUCCAUGUUACUUUAUGCUCCAAGCAACAGCUAUAUAACAAUGGAGUUAUUUUGAUAAACUCUUCAUUAAAAAUUAAUUGAAACAAAAGCAAUAGAUUUCAAUGGAAAUAUAGUAACAAAAGGGGUUAAGGGAAUAAUCUGAUAAUUUACAUAAAGUAAACACAAUAGAAAUAAAAAUAAGUAUGCAUAAACCAAGUAUUCAAAACUAACAAUAGAUAAAUAAUUAAAUAAAUUUCUUAAUCAAAUAUGCUUAUUUGGCUUAUGACUGGUUGCUCUACAAAAUCUAACAGAAACUAAAUCACUAAAUCUUAAUGCAAUUACCAAAAAGAAACACAAAUAUAAAAUAACCAUUACAGUUGCAGUGUUAUUUUUAGUUUAGUGCCACAGCUAAAGCAAUAAUAUGUGAAUUGGGUCUUCUCCAAAAUUGUCUUCAUACAAUUUCCAUGGAAUAUAAAUUCAGAAUCUAAAAAUAUUUGCAGCUUCUUUAGUUUCAAUUUGCUGGAAAAUUGUUUCAGAAUUCGAAUCCUAUUUAAAAUGUUGUACAUUAUCUCCAUUAAUAAUAUCUCUACAGAAAAUCGUGGCAGCAGUUUCUGUGUUUUAACAAUAAUCGAAUAACCGCUUGCUUAAUUAAACUAAAUCCAUUUGGAAAAGAUACAUAAAUUAAGUACCAUAUUUUUCCAUAUGAAAAUCAGAAUCGUGUGGCUUUAUCCUUUCACCAUUAUAUAAACAUCUUGUGGGUUUUUCUUUCCUCAUUAUAUACACAUCUGAAUAACAUUGAUCCAAGCCUCAAUUUCUUUCAUGUGACCAUAAAUAGGAAACAGUUUACAAGAUUGCAUUGGUUCUCUAUUUUCUACCUCUAAGUUGUAGGUGUGCUUUCCAUAUUGUGUUUGUUCUUUAUAUAUGUAUGUGUGUAUGUGUGUGUGUGUGCAUGUGUGUGUGUAUGUGUGCAUGCCUUUGUGUGUGUAUAUAUGAUAUCCAAUAAAGAGAAUAAAAACAAAGAGACAAAGAAGGUGUUGAGACACAAUCUACUCUCAAAACUUCAAAUGUGCAACAGAACACUUUAUCAAAUUACGCAACCAGCCGAGUUACUAAAAGGAGGUAAAAACUAGGUGAAAUAGCUUUUAUUUAUUGCCAUGAGCACCAAUAAAAAUAUUAGAACAUUUUGCCAAAAAAAAAAAAAAAAAAAAAUCAUUGCUAUCAUCAUGUGAAUCAACUUAAUAAACCAUUAAACUCAGAGAAGAGAAAGCAGGUCUGUAUAACAUUAAACAUUGAUUUAUGAAUGUUUUCAGUGUUCAGUUAUAUUGCUGGAGUUGGAAGAUAAUAACCAAAUUACCAAAACUAAGGAAUGAGCUUUUGAGUCUUGAAUACAAUGAUGAAUUACUCAAAAACUACAGACCAAGAACUCUAUUUAAAUUGAUAGUUUUGUUGUUCUUGUUUUGUGAUGACUAUCAAUUAUAUAAUUGUUAUAUUAUCAUAAAUAAUUUAUUAAAAUAACUGUUACUAUGGUUACUAUUUUUUUUAUCAAUAUAAAUAUUUGUAACAUUUUUGGUAUGUGUUUUUUAUAAGAGUUAAAAAAAAAUAACAAAAAUGUUUAAGAUAUAAAACUUGUGUGUGUGUGUGUUGUGUGUGUGUGUGCGUGCAUGCGCAUAUAAUUGAAUUUGAUUUUGAGAAAAAAUCCCAUCCAUUUAUGUAUCAUAGAAAUUAAAGUGAUAUUUUUAACAUAGUGGAUAUGAAACUGAAAUGGUUUUAACACAUGGAUAUUGAUUAAAUACCACUACUUUUCUUUUGGGCUAUUUUCCAACAAAGGAAGCAAGAAGUGUCCUGGUAAGUAGUUAACAUUUAUACAGCUGAUUAACUACAACAGCUACACACUGCUAAACUUCAUGACAAUUCUUGUUAUAUCAACUGACAAUCUUUGUUGAUAGGGCUUCCAAGUAUAUACACCUACGUAAGUACACAGUACACACACACACAUAAGUACAUAUCUAUAUAUGUAUAUUAUGUGAGUGUGUCUAUGCAUAUAUAUAUAUAUAUAUGUAAAUUUAAAUAAUAAGGUGAAAAAUUGAAUAUUAAUUUGAUUAAUAUCAAUUUAAAACCAGUGGCCUAGCAUAUUGAAAAAUCUGAAGAUUCAGAAAAAUUAUAUUACAUACAUAUAAGAGGGAUGACCACUAAGUGGACAUCCAUUAUGCUAGAUGUAGACCCCAUAUGGUCUGACCACUAAGAAAAGAUUGUUCUCAAGAAAAUUCAGCAAAAUGCCAGGGGUCUACAUCUAGCAUAAUGGAUGUCCACUUAGUGGUCAUCCCUCUUAUAUGUAUGUAUGUAUGUAUGUAUGUAUGUGCGAGUGUGUGUGUGUAUAUGUAUAUGUAUAUAUAUAUAUAUAACAGUAAAUAUAUAUUUGUGUGUGUGUAAAUGCAUUUAAAUCUAUAUGUGUGUAUGAAUACACACACAUAUAUAUGAAGGCAUAUAUAUAAAUAUAUAUGUAUGUGUAUAUAUAAAUAUGUUCACAUAAAUGUACUUAUGUGUGUGUAUAUGUAUAUAUAUGUGUGUGUGUGUGUGUGUGUGUGUGUAUAUAUAUAUAUAUAUAUAUAUAUAUAUAUAUAUACAUAUCACUAUAAGUAGAUAUAUAUAUAUAUGUGUGUGUGUGUGUACAUAUUUAUAAAUAUGAAAGUGUAUAUAUCAAUACAUAUCUAUAUAUAUAAGCAUGUAUAUUUAUAUGUGUACUCAUACACAAAACUUAUGGAUUUAAAUAAUAUAUAAAUACAGAUAUGGCUUUGUGGUUAAGAAAGUCUCUUUCCAGCCAUGUGGUUUUCAGUUCACCCCCACUGUGUGGCACCUUGGGCAAAUGUCUUCUACUAUAGCCUUGAGCCAACCAAUGCCUUGGGAGGAAAUUCAGUAGACAGAAACUGUAAGUUUGUCCUCAACAUACACACAUAUUUGUAUGUAUGUGUUUGUCCCCUAUCACUACCCUAUAACCAAUGUUCAUUUGUUAACAUUGCAAUACCUUAGAAGUGUUGCAAAACAGACUAAUAGAAUAAGUAAGAGACUCCAAAAGAAGUACAGAGAUUGAUUUGUUUGACUAAAUUAGAAGUUCUCAACCAUCUUUUAGCUCUAGUUCCCUUUGAUUACUAUUUUAUUCUGGUGGAUCCCCAUAGUCAGCCAAUGUUUAAAUAUCAGUUUUAUAUAUACUUCUUUCAAAAUUCCUGUUUUGUUUUUCGUACAUUAACUUGUGUAGGUUGAACUAUGUAAAAUGUUAGAGAAAGAAACCUGGCUGUUUCAUGCAAUACACACCAAUAUAUACAUCUAAAGUAAGAUAUUGUUAGGGGCUCUUAAAAAAACUAUUGCGGAUUCACAAUUUACUAUUUUGUUGUGUGACCCCACCCCACUACAAAUCUUAUAUGGACCCUCAGAGGCCAUAUGGAUCCUGUUUGAGAACCACUGGACUAAACCCUCCAAGGCAGUGUCCCAGCAUGGCUGCAACCCAAUGAUUGAAACAAGUAAAGUAUGAAAGAUGAUAAUCAGAAUGAUGGUGUGUGAAAGGGCUUGCAAGUCAAUUUUACAAGACAUACAGUGGUUCAUAAGGAUUAUAUCUCACAAGUGAUCUGAUCAAUACAGAGGAAGUAACAAUUUUUGGUCUGUCACCUAUACGUCAAACCACUCAGAUCAGCAGUGGCACUGAAUAGUCGUUUGAGAGGCCAUAUAAGAAGCUCAGAGAGACAGCAAUCAUUUGUAUGACUAUCUUCAAGCCGUUUUCAUCUUCCUUGGCACAAUCAAGGAAAUCCUGUGCAGCUGAAACCUGAUCUUUUUGAGAAGACAACACUCUACACACUUUUCUUCCAAGCACUGCUAUAAACAAUGGAAGUAAAUGAGAGCAUUAUAACUUAGUGUGCAUGUGUGACAGAGUUCAAGAUCAACCUGUGCCAAGUGGUUUCAUUCUGUGUACAUUAGCUCUGUUACUAGAGCAACAGUCCCAAUACUUUUUGAUCAGGGCUGCACCAGACUCCAGUCUGAUUUGGCAUAGUUUCUAUGGCUGGGUGCCCUUCCUAAUGCUAACCACUCUGAGAGUGUAAUGGGUGCUUUUACAUGCCACAGUCAUGGGUGCUGGUUGCAUGACGCUAGUAUCUGCCAUGACUACGAUUUUACUUAGCUUGAUGGGUCAUGUACUCAAGCACAGCAUAUUGCCAAAGGUCUUGGUCAUAUAUAUAUAUAUAUAAAUAUAUAUAUAUAUAUAUAUGCAUGUGUGUAUGUAUGUACCCCUUGUCUUGACAACUUGUGAUGGUUCUAAGUGACUAUCACCACCAUCAUACAAGUGUUACUGUUCAUUUCCAAUAUUCUGACUAUAGGGAAAUCUUAGCAUGCUUGGAACCAGGUGAGGGUUGGUGAGAGAGGAAGGGCAUCUGGCCAUCUGAACUAUGCAAAUAUGGAAAAGUGGACCUUAAAUGUGAUUACCGUUCCCUUAAAGUCCACUUUUCCUUGCUUGUAUGGGUCAGACAAAAUUUGGCAGAUUUUCUGCAGCUGGACAUCUUUCCUGUAGGCAACUUACCCAUUUCCAAAGAUGGUGAUAUUUCCCCUUAACCUUCAAAUAUGAACAAUACAACUGCUGGAUAUGUUUCCAAAGAAGAUUGCAAAAGAGUGACACUACUUGUAUGACAGUAAGAAUCAUUUAAAACCAGCAAGUGAUCUCAAAAACAAGGACACACACACAUUCAUCAGGUGUCUUUCAGUUUCCAUCAACCUAAUCUACUCACAAAACCUUGGUUGGCCAAAGGUUAUAGAAGACAUUUUCUUAAGAUUCCACACAUUGGGGCAGAACAUGGUUGGGAAACAAACUUCUUAACCACACAGCUAUGCCUGCACCUGUACUUGUGUGUUAGUCUGUCUGUCUCUAUGUGUGUGUGUGUGUGUGUGUGUGUGUGUGUGUGCGUGCGCGCGCAUGUAUAAUGGGUUUCAUGCAUUCAUUUAUGAGUGUGUUUGUUUCUUCCCAAUCAGAAUUGCAAUCCCUCCUAAAUAGUUCAUAAUAUAUAUAUAUAUAUUGUAUUUUGAACAACUUAAUUAUUAUUGAAAUAUAAACAUAAUAUUUAUUAUAUACACAAAAAUAAUGUUCAUGUAGUUUUUCUAUUUGAUUUAUUUACAUGCUUUAUAAUUGUUUUAUUUUAAAUAAAAAUAUUUUUCUUUGGAAAAUGAUUUUGUUUUCAAAAAGAAAAAUAAAGAAUCUCUUA